GUCCUCUCCCCCUUCCCCGCUCUCUUCUUCGCGAGCAUAACCCUAACCUUUGAUGAGAAGGAGGGGCGAUCGGAGAUGGGGAACCGGAUGUGCCGCAGCCGUCGAAGGCCGGUGGAGGAGCGGCUCACGCGGCCGCAGCGGCUGGUCCGGCAGCCCUCCGACGUGGACUACAAGAAGCUUCGCAAGCUCAUUCUAUCCCACAAGCUCGCCCCCUGCUUCGACGCCCUCGAUGAUCCUGACCUCGGUGACUUCGAGGAGUGUCCCAUCUGCUACUUUUAUUUUCCGAGCUUAAAUCGGUCCAGGUGUUGCUCGAAAGGAAUUUGUACGGAGUGUUUUUUGCAGAUGAAACCGUCUGAUUUCACCCGCCCAGUGCUCUGCCCAUUCUGCAAAACUGCCUACUAUGGAGUUGAGUAUCGUGGUGCCAGAACCAUGGAAGAGAAAGCCCUUGAACUAGCCGAAGAGCAGAAGAUUAUUGAGGCAAAAAUAAGGAUGCAUUGUGAAUCUCAAAAUGCGGUUCAAGUUAUGCCCGCAGAUCAAACUUGUUCUCUCUUGGAAGUGGGGGGACCAUCUAGUGGACCAGAUUAUGGUAGAGUCACAUCAGAUCUAGGAUGCAGCUCCUUAACGCAAGAAAGCUUUGAUGGGGAUACUUCCUCUGCUCCAAAUGCUUGCAGAAGGCAUGAAGAAUUGGGUAUGGAUCUUGAGGAAAUCAUGGUGAUGGAAGCUAUAUGGCAAUCUCUUCAGGAUUCCAGAUUUCAUCCAAGUAGGACCAAUCAAACUUCAGGAUCAAAUGCUAUAGUUGGACUUGAUGGUGGAAUACAAGAGACAGAUACUACUAUGAGUUGUUUAUUAUCUACUGAUCAAGUAGAGUUCUCUUACUGAGAUUCCUUGGCUGAGGGAGUCACAGUUGACAGUAGUCAAACAGGGUAUUCUGCAGCAACAUAUUUGUGAAUCAGAUUGUGAAAGAAAUCAGAACAAUUCAGACCCAUCAGAGUGUUUGCUUAAUUCUUUUGAUUUGGGUGGAGGCAUUAUAGCAGUGCAUAUUGAUGCUGGGUCUAGAGGUCAAGCAGUAUAUCUUCCACGUCUGGCGCAUAUCAUGGGCACAUACUUCAUCUAGAUGACAUGGCAGGGAACUGUUCUCAGAUUUCAGGUCCAACCAUAUUUGAACAGAUAUUUUAGCGAAUGGUCGAAUACUUAAUAUUUCUGUAUCUUUCUUCUUUCUCCUGUCUUGAAUUUUAUAUUCAGAUUUGUCUUCUCUCUUCAUCGAGCUGAAUGUUUGCAUUGUGAGAAAUAAUUAUCCAUAGAUGAUGUAAAGGGAUC